CAUUUUCUCCUCAUUUUUCCUUCCUUCUCUCCAACUUUUUCAGAGUGGUCGGUCUGAAACAUCAAUUAACAAAGCAUACAUACAGAAAUGAUUUCUUCAUGUCUCCGAAUCAAACGGAAUAAAAUGAUUUCCUAUCAUUUAAAACCAUCUAGUACCAUCGAAUUAUUCAAAUCUAAAGUCUCAAGUGCCAUUUCUUAUGACUUGCUUCAUUGAGCAACCAAGAGGCAAGGAGAGUACAUAUGCUUGUUAUUGUCACUAUUGCCUUCCGAUGAUGCUCACCCUUGCCUAAUGAGAAUUCAAUAAAGAAACACUUGAUCUGAUAACAGAAAAUUACAGAGACUUAUGGCUCUUCUGCUCUUCCAAAUAAUGCAGAUGGCACCGGCUAAAAAUAAGCCAAAUCCAUGGCUCAAUUGAGGAACUAUUACCAACCCAUGUUUGUGAAUUUUCAGCAGUUCUCAGACCAAGUUAGGUCACAAAUUCAUGCGUAUGGAAAAGACAGAUUUGGCAUUGUUGCAGGGUUUGCUACCAGCAAAGGGAAGCGAACUUAAAGGAGAAUGAAGAAGGCAAGUGGCCUGUCCUCCUUAUGUAAUCUGUCCAUUCAGAAGUCCUUACAGCCUUCUCAUUCGGCAUGGCUUCUGCAUUUGCACGCUUCUCUUCAGCUAUCCUCCUUGUGGCAGCCAGUUUGUGAACUUUUCUUGUGCCCGAGCUUUCAAUCUCUCAGCCUCCACCUAGAAACAGAACACUACUGAUCAAGAUGGCCAAAGCACUGGAAAAUAUGUCCCUAUGUAUGACAGCCCACUUUCAAAGUUCCAAUCACAUUUGGAAAAUACAAAAUGGAUGAAGGGAACAAAAAGAAUGCCUUCUGCUAUGAAUUACGCAAUUUUCAUUACAAGUUCCAGGCACUUUGGAAAGAACAUAUAAAAUCGAAUUCAACUA